AUGGCACAUUCACGUCAAGAUGCGGAGAUACAAGCAGUUAAGAAUGGCCUUUACAGCAACCAGUGGAACGAUCUUACCAAAGGCUAUAAAAUAUUCCAAGACGAGUUGUGUUUUUAUCAAGACAUCCUGUUAAGAGGGACUAAGAUCGUAAUGCCACAAAAACUCCGAGAUCCGACAUUGCGUAUUGCACAUGAGGGCCACCCAGGCAUAUGUGCCAUGAAAACUAGACUGAGGACUAAGGUCUGGUGGCCAAAAUGUGAUAGAGAUGCCGAGAACUUUUGCAAGGCGUGCAAAAGUUGUGUUUUGGUCUCGACUCCCAAUCCUCCUAACCCCAUGAAAAGGAGAGAGCUACCUUCGGAACCAUGGGUGGACACCGCAGUGGACCUGAUGGGCCCACUACCUAGUAAUGACUACAUCUUCGUAAUCGUGGACUAUUACUCUCGAUACAAGGAAGUGAAGGUUUGUCGGACAAUUACGAGCUCAGAAAUUAUCAACCAACUGAAGGACAUUUUCAGUAGAUUAGGUAAUCCAGUGUCCAUCACGGCCGACAACGGUCGUCAAUUUACCAGCGAGGAUUUCAAACUUUUUUGCUCCGAAAGAAACAUCAAGCUUUAUAACACCAAACUCUACUGGCCCCAACAAAACGGAGAAGUGGAGAGACAAAAUAGGGACAUCUUAAAACGCCUCAAGAUCGCACAGGCUGAGAAGAAAAAUUGGAAAGAGUCUCUCCGGGAGUAUAUGGUAAUGUACAAUAGCACUCCCCACUCGGUAACCGGUAAGACUCCCUCGGAGUUAUCUUCAGGCGGCAAUUCAGAGACAAAUUACCGAUGA